UAUAAUUUAAAGCCGCAUAGUAUAAAAUCCAGAAUACAAACUACAAAUCAUUAUUAAAAUUAGCCUAAUCGAAUAUUUAUGCUUAGAAAAUGGCUACUUAUGAUAAUAAAGUAUGGCUCUUAAAGAAUAUUAGGGAAGCAUUUAUUGCGACCGAUGAUACAGGUUUGUGCGAUAUUGUUAUGGCUGGUGAAGAUUUUUCGAAGAUAUUUCAAAAUAAAGCCAUGGAAGAAAAAAAGAAAUACAAAGAGGGAAUCCUGUAUCAACCUAGCACCAGUAAGAUUAAAGAACUUAGUUCAGACUUUAGUGAUGAAAGGGAACUGGUGACACAAUUUGAUCCCUACCCUGAUAUGGAAGACAGUGAAGAAGAUGAUCUAGUUUGUGGUAGCUACAUACGUCACGAAGAUUUUUUGCCUCAUAGGCAAAGAUCAAACACUACAUUGUGGCUUGAUAAAAAAGAACAAGCAUUAAAGAAGGCAGCUAAAAUUAAAGUUAUAAAAUGGGAAGAUCCAACAACAAAACUUACUGCAGAACAAAUGGCAGAAACAUUUGCAAAGAUGGAGGUGAAACAGGUUGAAAAAAAGAAAUCACUAUUGGCUGAACAGUUAGAACAUUGCCCUGAUCUCCCUCACCGACAAUACCUUGAGUAUGCAAAGUUUGAUGGCACAGCACAAUUAGGUCUGCCUAUAAAAUCAUUUAAAAUCUUUAUGACAAUGCUGCCAGAAAAACAUCAAAACUAUCCACUGAUUGUGUGUGUUAUUGCCAGUGCCAAAAUUAAAGAUUUAAUAGGAUUUACAUGCUAUAAAUAUAGCAUUGAACAUCCAGAAAUAACUCUUGGAUCUGUGCAUGAAUAUGGACUUUGUAUUGCGGAAGAUGAUGGAGAAGUUGACUUGGCAUUUCCUUGCUUGGAUGCUAAUGAACCCUGCUCUAAAUUUGGUUUCACAUGCCUCGGUCUUAUUGAUUUAAAAACCAAGAUCAUUAUAGACCGAGCUACUGAUUCAAUUCCCGAUUAUUCAGUGAUGAGUGGGGCUUUUCAUGUAUUUCCAAAGGCAUCAGACUCGGGCCAAAGUCAUCAUAAUACAUCUAGACAUAACACAGGAGGCAGCUCAACUUCAGAAGCAGUUAGAAAUGCUAUCAGAGCUGUUAAUGAAGAAAGAAAAGCAGGUGGAUUAAAUAUAGACAAAAUGCAGUCUCAUAUAAUUGCAACGGAAGCACCACAAUGUAAAGCAUAUAAAGUGCAUCUGUUAAGAAAAGUACGAACAAAUACUCUGGUGCAGUUGGUGAUAUCAUUAGACAGGAUUGAAAUUGAACCUAUUGUAACACAUAAGCAUGCAUUUUGGUCAAGAUCUAAAUAUUUCCUGCACAGUAUAGACUCCGUGGCGUGGUGUCAGAUAUUGGAGUCAAAAGCCAACAAAACCACAUUUAGGAUAGUUUAUUCAAAUAGUCAUAACACAUCCUUAAAUGAUAGGACACCAGGUAACCCCAAUUUCUUUCAUCCAAACACAACAUACAAAUGUCAUGAUUUUGAAUGUGAUCAUGAGAUGGGAAAAGAAAUUGUAGAGAAAAUAAACACAAUCCUAGAUCUCAGGAAUAGUCCGUGUCGUCGAGAGUAUAAGACUGCAAAAGAGAAAAAAUUACAAAGUAGAAGAAGUUUUCAUACAAAGCAGACAAGUUGAGUUCUGAAGGCUGUUUAUACUGUAAAUAUAAACUAUUUAAAGUUCCUGAACAAUGUAAUAAUUUUGAAAUGACUGAAGUGUAUUUCACACACAACAAUAACUGCCACAUUUACAUAUACCUUUUGUUAAUUUAUCAAAUAG